AAAAGAAUUUUAAAAUAAAUCUUAAGAUUGAUUUUCUUCUCAAAAACUAGAAAUGGUUAAAAUGACGAUGAAUUUCUCAAUUUUACCAUUUCUAUUAUGUAUGAUAUCAAUGGUUGCAAAGGCUGAAGAUCCUUACUUGUUUUAUGAUUGGAAAGUUACAUAUGGUACACUUUCUCCUCUAGGUGUACCACAACAAGUUAUCCUUAUUAAUGGCCAAUUUCCGGGACCUAAUUUGAAUACCACAACCAACAAUAAUAUUGUUGUUAAUGUUUUCAAUAAUCUCGACGAGCCGUUGUUGUUCACAUGGGCUGGAAUCCAACAAAGAAAGAACUCGUGGCAAGAUGGUACACUAGGAACAAUGUGCCCUAUUCAACCCGGAACAAACUACACAUACCGUUUCCAGGUAAAAGACCAAAUCGGUUCCUACUACUACUACCCAACCACCGGCUUCCUGAAGGCGGCCGGUGGGUACGGCGGUCUACGAGUGAACAGCCGUCUACUCAUCCCCGUCCCGUACAACGAUCCCAAGGACGAUUACACGGUACUCAUCGGCGAUUGGUACAAACAAAGCCACACUGCCCUUAGAAAGACCUUAGACCAAGGCAAGUCCCUAGGAAGGCCAGAUGGUGUCCUUAUGAAUGGCAAACAAGGCAAAGUCGGCGACGAAAAGGAGGAGCCUCUCUUUACAAUGAAGCCAGGGAAAACAUACAAGUAUAGGAUUUGUAAUGUUGGGUUGAAAAACUCAUUGAAUUUUAGAAUUCAAGGACAUAAGAUGAAGGUUGUUGAAGUUGAAGGGUCACAUACUGUACAAACUGUGUAUGAUUCUCUUGAUGUUCAUCUUGGACAAUGUUUUGGUGUUCUUGUUACUGCUGAUAAAGAUCCUAAGGAUUACUACAUGGUUGCAUCCACAAGGUUCACCAAGUACCACCUCCAAGCCACCGGAAAAAUCCGAUACACCGACGGUAAAGGUCCGGCUUCCAACGUCCUCCCGGAGGCACCCACCGGUUGGGCUUGGUCCUUGAACCAAUUCCGAUCCUUCAGGUGGAACCUAACCGCUAGUGCGGCUAGGCCCAACCCUCAAGGAUCAUUCCAUUACGGUCAAAUCAACAUCACUCGUACAGUUAAGCUCGCCACCACGGCUAACACCGUGGAUGGCAAGCUUCGAUACGCCAUCAACGGGGUCUCCCACGUUGACCCCGAAACACCCGUGAAGCUCGCGGAGUAUUACGGAGCCGCGGACAAGGUGUUCAAGUAUGAUACUAUUGGGGACGAGCCACCGGCAAACGUCGACAAACUUGACAAGAUUACCCUUGCACCAAUUGUGCUUAACUUUACAUAUAGGAACUUCAUUGAGGUCAUCAUUGAGAACCAUGAGAAAAGUGUUCAAACAUUUCACUUGGCAGGAUAUUCCUUCUUCCCUGUUGCGAUUGAAGUAGGAACAUGGAGUCCAGAAAAGAGAGAGAACUACAAUCUAUUAGAUGCAAUAAGCAAGUACAACAUACAAGUAUACCCUAAAUCAUGGGCAGCCAUAUUACUAACAUUCGACAACGUAGGGAUGUGGAACGUACGUAACGAGUGUAUGGAACGCGCGUAUUUAGGUCAACAACUCUACAUUAGUGUUCCAACUCCUGAACGCGUGCUUAGGGACGAAUACAACAUCCCCGAUAACGCACUUGUUUGUGGUGUUGUUAAAGACAUGCCUAAGCCUAAACCUUACACACCGUAAAUUUAACCUAAUUAAUCGAUCGAGAUCGACUCGUUUUUAUCUGUGUUAUAGAAAAAAUGUAUUCAUAUUGUAGUAAGUAACACCGUUGUUGUACGUAUACAUGAUUGUGUAACGUUUUCUCUUAUUACAUUGAGGUAAAAAGUUUUGGGGGCGAAGUUUUUAAAAACAAGUUUAUAUUGGUUAUUAGUUCGAUCUCCUAAUUAUAAGGUAACAUAUCAUCAACAACGUUGCUUACGAUUUACUAUGAAGAGAAAAUAAUUCCAAUUCUUUUGUAUCGA